UUCCGCAAUUCAGCUUCGAAAGAAUUCAGUACACGGGAUGUUCAACCAAUGUGGAAGUUUAUAGCAAACGCGAAUUACUGUAAAAAAUUCGAAAUAUUUAAAGUAUAAAUAAAGUAUGAAUUUUUAUUUACUCGGGUGAAUGAUCAGGCUCGGAUAUUUUUGAAAGGCAUAACAUCCAGGCGGCGCCAAAUUGAUGCCCGAAAUUUUUUAAGGAAAUGUUUUCCAUUCUUGGCACACAGAAAGGGGAGCAAAAUCUUCAGUUGAUCCCAGUCGCUGGAAUCGUAGCUAAGCCACUGUUUGUAAGGUAAUGGGAAAUAAUGUUUUUCCAUUUUUUCCUUCUAUCAUCUUCUGCUUUGUGAUCUUUCGUCCUGGAACAACAGUCGAUGAAUUGAAGAAGGGGAGAUCUUUAAAGCGUACACUGGGAUGCGAAAUAACGGAAAGCGAUGAUUUUCCCGGAUUCUACGUAUUCUGUACCUCUUAUAAAUCCAAUCAAACAUCCUAUUUUUUACCAGCUAUGACAAGAAGACUUAAGAUUUAUAAUGUAUCCGGUUUGCUUCCAGAUGAACCAUUAGCUCCUCAACUUGGAAUGCUAAAAACGUUGGAAAUCGUAUCCUGUUCGCUUACUCGUGUCUCUCUUGGCAUGUUUGAAGGUUUGCACAACCUCACUCGCAUUUCGAUACGUUCAACUUACAUACGAGGAUUACCACCUGAUGUUUUCUUGAGCAAUCCGUAUCUAGAAAUUGUUGAUUUGUCAGACAAUUUCCUGACAUCUAUAGCAAGCGUCACGGGAUCUCUCAGCAAUCUUAAGUACUUGAAAAUAUUAUAUUUGGCAAAAAAUAUGUUAAUACGAUGGAUUGAUGAAACUGAUUUUUUACCCUUAAUGAAUUCUAGCUUAGAGGCUUUAGAUUUAUCAAGUUGCAUUAUAACUGUUAUUGAGGAAGCGGCUUUCAAACCACUUACAUCCCUUUCUUCCCUUAAUGUGUCCCUUAAUCCUAUGAGCGAAACAGCUUUCAGAAAUAUGAGCCGGAGCUUGCAUAUAGAAAGCCUCAGAGAAUUUCGCGCUGAAGAGAUGGUGAAUAUGUCUUACUUUUCUGCCGCUUUUUUGUACUCGUUGAGGGGCUCUGAUAUAGAGAGCUUAUUCUUAUCCCGAAAUAGAUUAGUGUCAUUUCCUGUGGGAAAUUAUCCUAAACUUAAAGUGUUAGAAUUAAUCCGCUGCAACGUAGUGUUGCGUGAUGAUGCCUUUACUGGAAUGCCUAGUCUAGAAUCCUUAACGGUUAAAGAACACGAAGUUCCAGUUAUCGGUAGACAAUUUUUGACGAACAGAAGGUUGAAGAUUUUAGACCUUAGCGAUUACAUUGGAUUAACACCUUACAGCUCAUUUGAAAUAAAAGAUUACGCAUUUAAAAAUCAAAUAAAUCUUGAAGUUUUGUAUCUGAGCUAUCUACCAAUCAGAAAAAGCAUUCGGAGGCAUACAUUUUCUGGUUUAGUAAGUUUACGUAAACUUAUAUUAAAUUCGGGAUUUGUAGAACUUAUUGAAGAACGUGCGUUUGAAGAUCUAAACAAUUUAAUACAUUUGGAUGUGUCUUAUCAUCGAAUCAGCAGCUUAUCCAAUGAAACAUUCUUUGGAUUGAAAAGUGUGAAAAAUAUUGAUUUAAGAGGUAACGAAAUAUCAUUCUUGAAUGAUAUUCACCCGUUCUUUCAAACACCUAAUUUGGAAAUUCUGACGCUGAAUUCAAAUAAAAUUAUUAGUAUUCCUGGUCAUAUAUUCUUAAAUUUGAGUUACAUCAGUGUCAUUCAAGCUGCAGAUAACUUAAUUCAACCUUGGAAGGAAGAAAUAUUGCCCAAAAAAUCGAAUAUUUCUGCACUUAUUGUAGCUAAAAACAGGAUAACUCACUUUACACGUGAAAUGUUUAAUGACGUCAAGCACUUGGAGUUCUUCGACUUUUCGGAGAAUCCUAUAAAUUGUUCUUCUUGUUCUACCACAAAAUUGCAAAGUUGGAUGAGUGAAACAAAUAUCUCAAUCUCGCGCCUCUAUAUCGCAGAUAAAUAUGCAUGCAAAGGGCCUUCCUCUUUGGAAGGAGUUUAUAUACUUGAUGCCAAUUUGUCUUCUGUUUUAACACAUUGCCUUCCAGAAGAAUAUGAUAUCGCAAAAGUUCUGUACUGUACGUUUGUGCCAUUGUUCAUGUUAGGCUUUAUCGCUGCUUUCGUUUGGCACCAAUGGAAAUGGAAUAUCAGAUAUUUUAUUUUUCUUGCUCGUUCAAGAGCGAGGAGAUACCAAGCUCAUGUAACUGCAGAUCGUUAUGCUUUCGAUGCCUUUGUUUCGUACUGCGAAAAAGAUUUACCUUGGAUUAGGAAAGAAUUGGUUCCAAAUAUUGAAGACGGAGAACCAACGAUUCGUUUAUGUUUGCCUGACAGGAACUUCGAUGCAGCACAUUCCACGAUGGACAAUGUUGCGGCAGCUAUUGAACAGAGUCGAACGACAGUUCUGGUUUUGAGUAACGAGUACAUGGAUUCAAACUGGUGCCGAUUUGACAUGGAAAUGGCUCAGCAUAAGUUAUUUGAAGACACGAGAAGUGGACUGAUUUUAAUUCUUCUUGAAGCGAUCCACAAAUCUAAAAUGACGAAAAAUUUACAAUACGUCAUUCGCACAAGAACGUGCAUUGCGUGGACUAACAACCUUACCGGACAGAAGUUGUUUUGGGAACGUCUACGAGCAGCAAUAAUGAAACCUGAAGACAAAGGUAUAUUGACUCAUAUUACGUGAUUUAUACAGAGAAACAGCACGAGUAAAUAUUUGUUAUUUACUUUAUAUAAACUGGCAGAUGUGGGUGGAACCCAAGAAGUUCACCAUUAGUCGUAGAGGUGGUAAUGAACAUGUACUAAGCCUUAUAUAAGUACAAAUUUCCCCUUUUUUACCAUAGAACAUGGACUAGCUAGAAUACAAACUGCUAAAAUGGAGAUUCUCUUUCCUUUAUAAUGCUGUUGAAGCGUUUAGCUUUAGAAGAAAUUUUUUCCAUGGAGUAGUUUCGAAAGCUUAAGUAUUCAUAAUUAAAUUAAUAAAAUAAUCAUGAAAAUUUAUAAUUUCUGAAUAGUGUGGCUUUACGUAAGCAGUUUCGAUUUGGAAUAGCUAAUGUUUACAGAUAUGUAAGAACCGCCUCAUCUAUUAUUAUGUUUAUAUCAAGAAGACAGCAUUUUGAUAUGAAAUAUUUUUUAUGCAACGUCAGUGAAUCAAAUCCAGAAAUAUUGCAAAUAAAGCGAAAUAAAAAUAAAUCAAUAUGAAAUAAGAAAAUUUUUCUUAUUUAUUUUUUGUUUUUGAUGAUAAAAUUUGCAGCUCUUGCAUAAUGAAGGCAGAAUGAUUUUAAUACAUAUUGAAAAUAUUGCAUGUAUUUAUGUGUAUACAAGUAUACAUGUAAGAUAAGAAAAGGUAAUAUAAAAUAGUAACUUUAAUUUGCAAUAGCGCUCAACUUUCCUUUUAAUAUGAUUAUUUCUGUUUGCAUUCUAAAAAUGGUAACUGCUUAUAUUAAAUCUAUUUAAACUGCGUUAUUUAAAAUUAAUGUUCCCUGCAGAAGUCUUAUAUGACGCUAAUGGCACAAAUGGCGUAUAUAACACUUCAGCCAAUAAUGAUUUUUAGUUUAGGAACUAAAACUUGAACUUAACCAAUAGUAAUAAAACUAAAUCAUUCUGCAUCCAAAUUUUCAUCUUGGACAAGUCUUUCCUUUUUCCUCUUUUUCCGUUCUAUCUACUUAUGGCCAUUUACUUCCCUUUCAUCACUUGUACUGUCAUAACGAUAUAAAAGAAGGUUUAAAUUGUGAUCAAGAACAGAUGCGUUGAUUAGCCCAAUAAGCUGAGAACAUCUGUUUCAAGAGAAAUAAAAGUGCUGAA